CUGGAGUUACGCUGGAGGCACUGCAGGAGCUGAAGGACCCAGGAGCCAAGGCAGGCUGCACGACCUUCCUGCUACAUCUCUGAACCUUGAAACCACAACAGAACCUUUCAGCUGAAGGGAGAUCCCCAGGAAGUGCUGCCCAGGAAAGGGGCACGAUGCUCGCCCCCAGCUCCGCUCCGAUCCCAGAGCAGGGCUGGCAAACCACAGGAGCAAUGGGAAGCCUCCAGAACCUGAAGAAAUUUAACAGCCAGGACUUCAAAGAGCUGCGAGCCCUGUGCCUGAGCCAGGGGCUGCUCUUUGAGGAUGCCACCUUCCCCGCUCACAUCAGCUCCAUCGGUCCCAGCCUGCUCCCGGAGGAGAAGCUCUGGCAAAUACAAUGGAAGAGGCCAACGGAACUUCAGAGAAAUCCUCAUUUGAUCAUGGAUGGAGUUAGCAGAUUUGAUAUCAUGCAAGGAGAAAUAGGUGACUGCUGGAUGCUGGCUGCUCUGGGCUCCCUGACACUGAGAAAACAAUUUUUGGAAAAUGUUUUACCAAAGGACCAAGGAUUCCAGGAUGAUUAUGCUGGGAUUUUUCAUUUCCGGUUCUGGCAAUAUGGAGAAUGGGUGGAUGUAGUGAUAGAUGACCGGCUGCCAUUCCUAAAUGGAAGAUACCUGUCUGUACAUCCCCGAACUUCAAAUGAAUUCUGGCCAUCCUUGCUGGAAAAAGCAUAUGCCAAGCUGCGGGGCUCCUACCAGAACCUGAAUGGAGGCUACCUUUCAGAUGCUUUAGUAGACCUCACAGGUGGAGUCCAAGUGCAGUUUUCAUUGAAGGAUCCGCCUCCUGAUCUGGAGGAGAUCCUGAAAGCAGCUGACAAAUCUCGGUGCCUCAUGGGGUGCAGCACCUCAGGCCAGUCAAGGAGAAACAUAGAGCUGAGGAAUGGGAUUGUACAGGGUCAUGCCUACACUGUCACAGGAGCUGUGAAGAUCCCCUACAAGAAUGGCUGGAAGCAUAUCAUCAGGAUCUGGAAUCCAUGGGGCCAUGGGGAGUGGAAGGGGCCCUGGAGUGAUGACUCUCCUCAAUGGGACCGUGUUGAGCCUAAAUACAGAGAAGCCCUACUCAGAAAUAAGGAUGAUGGAGAAUUCUGGAUGUCCUGUGAGAACUUCCAGGAGCAGUUUUCAUGGCUGUAUAUAUGUAACAACACCCCAACAUUUCUGGACUUUGGAGAUGAGCACUACACAACGUGGUCUCUGAACAGCUACACCAGCCUGUGGAGCCCAGGCCUUCCCACGAGGAGGAACCGCUAUUCCCAGGCAGGUGCAGCUUCAACAAACCCUCAGUAUUUUUUCAGAGUUCUAGAUCACAACCCAAAAACCUAUAAUGUAGCGAUUUCACUCAUGCAAAAACACGGUGAGCAUGUGCAGGAUGAAAAAAACCUGAAGAUUGGCUUCUUCAUCACCACGGAGAACUCCAGAGUUCUGAAGCAAAUCUUUAUCCGGACCCGAGAUGUGACCGGCUACUUUAUCUUGAGCCCGGGAACCUACGCCAUUGUUCCUGCUGCAACAGCGGAGCAGGAAUUCAAAUUUCUCUUACGAAUUUUCAUAAAGAGUCAAGACUACAAUGAGAACUCAAACUCCACGACCGGCCCAGUGCUGCCAAUGGAUGUAUCAAGACAGAACCAGGACAGCUCCUAUAAGGCUCUUUUCCUAAGAUAUGCUAAGCAGGGCUCAACUAUUGAUGCCUUGCAGCUGCAACAACUGCUUAAUGAAGUGAUCUUGCAAGAUGAAAUGACCAGCCUGGGAGGGAGAUUCAGCUUUGAUUCAUGCAGAGGCAUUUUAGCUCUGAUGGAUCUCAACUCGAAUGGAAGACUCACCCUGCAGGAGUUCGGGAGCCUCUGGCGAAGUCUCACUAAGUACAUGGAUAUCUUCAGCAAGGAAGACAGAAACCGUUCUGGAUUUCUUGAUGUUGCUGAACUGAAGAAUGCGAUACAGGCAGCAGGUCUGGCCACCAGCGGGCAGCUGCUGCGCCUGAUGACGCUGCGCUACGGCGAUGCCGUCGGCAGAGUUGGCUUCUCCGACUUCGUGUGCUGCAUGCUGCGCCUGGACACCAUGAGCCAUGCAUUCCAAAACUUAGCAGAGGGUGGAUCACAAAUUUCAAUGACAGCAAUGGAGUGGCUGACCCUUGUCAUGUACACCUAGAGAGAUGCCAGAAGUCAUGGUGACUUCUCGUCCUCCUCAGUAGAACAGUGCCCAGGCCACCCCACACAAAAGCCAUGGAUGGAGUCCUUGAAAAACCACUGUGAAGGAGUGAAGCCAGGUGUGUCCUUAUGCUUCGUGGUACUCAGAUGUUGGGAUGAGAAGUCCUUUCCAGGCAAACUGGAGGUGCCUUGGAGAGAGAAGAAUUGCUAAUGAAAGCACUCCAUGGGCAAGCUGGUAGUACUUAAUGGUCUGGGCAAGCUGGAAGUGUUGCCUGUAAACUCCUCUCAUCUUACUAUAAGUACAGAAGUCAGGAACGGCUCCAUUAACUGUGAAAAAGAGCAGACCUUUUGUGUGAAAGGCAUGUAUAAGAUAUAGGUUACAAAAACAAUCAAGACACAGUUUUAUUUGAGUUAUUUCUUAAUUUUCUUGUGUGCCGUUUGUAAGUGCCAGAAAAUGAUUGAAGAAAUAGUCAUAAUUCAUACAUAACACCAGAAGCUUUUUGAUUUUCUUUAUA